AUGUCAGACAACGGAUCGGCAACCACAGCGACUUCCAAUCGCAAACGCAAUGGCUACAGAGGAUGUGACGACCCCGAGCGUGCCGACCCCAAUGGGACCGAUCACUCCCCACCAGAUAAUGUCACAUGGCGAGAUCGCGUUGCGCACUUUACCUGGCCUUGGUUCGCGUGCACAAUGUCCACGGGAGCUCUCGCGGUAGUGCUGUCCAACACACCAAAUCAAUUUACUGGCCUCCAAACCAUCGGCAAAGUCUUUUUUAUUCUCGCUCUGGUUUUGUUCAUUGCAUUUACUGCUAUCAUCACACUCCGGUUUAUUCUGGUACCACAAAAGUUCCUCGCUUCGUUGCAUCAUCCGGUCGAAUCACUGUUUUUCGGAAGUUAUUGGGUGACGGUCAGUCUGCUUCUCAACUGCAUGCACUUGUACGGCGUCCCAAAUACUGGACCCUGGCUCAUCAAGGCUCUCGAAAUUCUCUUUUGGAUGUACUGCGCUACGGUGUUGAUUGUUGGCAUUGGGCAAUACUAUAUUCUCUUUCAGCUGGAGCGCCUCAAGGUCAACAAUGCUAUGCCCGCUUGGAUCUUCCCAAUCUAUCCUCUGCUUGUCGUCGGCCCCUUGGCGAGUACUUUGGUUCCAAAUCAACCACAUUCGGCCGCUGUACCCAUCUGGAUCGGUGGAGUCAUGCUUCAGGGUGUCGGGUGGUGUGUAGCUCUGAUGAUGUACGCCAUCUAUACUCAGAGAUUGAUGGUCAGCGCUCUGCCGGAUCCCUCUACUAGGCCUGGCAUGUUUGUGAGUGUAGGGCCUGCUGGCUACACUGCUCAUGCUCUCAUCUCUCUCGGUCGACAAGCCCCAACAGUAUUCGGCAAUGGCGAAAUUUUCGGCAUCACAUCCCUUCCUGUUGGAGACGUGAUCAAGAUUGUUGGCAUUCUUGCUGGAUUCUUCGUGAUUCUAUUUUCCUUCUGGUUCUUCUGCGUCUCGACAGUUUCAGUCCUUGCGGGCAUCAAGGAAAUGAACUUCACAUUGAACUGGUGGGCAUUUGUCUUUCCUAACGCUGGCCUCACGCUUGCUUCGAUCCAAGCUGGAGCUGCUCUGGAGAGCUCUGGCAUCAAUGGUAUCUGCAGUGCAUUGACCAUUGGAUUGGUCAUCAUGUGGAUUAUUUGUGCAAUUGCACAUAUCCAGGCUGUGAGGAAAGGAAACGUGAUGUGGCCGGGCAAGGAUGAGGACAAGACGAUGAAUGGUAUCCGAUGNGGGGCGCAUGCUGCGUGA